AUGCUACUACUGGUUUUGACACAGUGAGAACCUUUGAACUUGGAACCAACUUUGCUUGUUUGGCAUGGUGAUGUUCUUAGAGCACUGGCAUAGUGGUAUUUUCCUCCUUUUCUCUCACACCGAAAGAGAGCUCCCCCCAUUUUCGUCUUCCUUCUUUCCGUCGACGUACCCUCUCCUUACUCAAAAACCAGACUUCAAAAUAAGCAGACAGACCUGCAAACGACCACGCGCAUGGUCAUGGCCUCGGCAAUCUGCGCUCCCACGUUUUUAUCAACACCCGUCUCUUCUACAAAAUCAUCCAUUUACACCACAUCUUCUUCUCUAGCGUCACAAUCUAAAACCCCGAAACUUCAUCUCCCCAAAGCGGCUCCUCCACUGGGCCCCAGUCUUUUCUCUCCAUGGAGUGGUUUGAAGCAUCUGGGUAUAAUCUCAAUCACGCCGAAGUCUCUCAAUUCAGGUUCUUCUUCUCAUCUUGGUUGCGGGUUUCUCCUUUUCUUACAGGCAUUGACACUAGAUAUACCUCCCCACGCACAGUCGGAGACACAUAUCUCAAAAUCAAAACAAAGCAAUCGAUUGAUCGAUCAUCUACAUCAUCAUCAUCAUCCGUGGUAGCCAUGUCAAGCACAGCCGGUCAGGUUAUUAAGUGCAAAGCCGCGGUGGCAUGGGAAGCUGGUAAGCCACUGGUGAUUGAAGAAGUGGAAGUGGCACCACCUCAGGCAAACGAAGCCCGAGUGAAGAUCCUUUUCACCUCCCUUUGUCACACUGAUGUUUACUUCUGGGAAGCGAAGGGGCAGACACCGCUGUUUCCUCGCAUAUUUGGGCAUGAAGCUGGAGGAAUUGUGGAGAGUGUAGGCGAGGGUGUUACUGAUCUCAAACCAGGGGACCAUGUUCUCCCUGUAUUCACUGGUGAGUGCAAGGAAUGUCGCCACUGUAAGUCAGAGGAGAGUAAUAUGUGUGACCUCCUUAGGAUUAACACCGACAGGGGUGUUAUGCUUAGCGAUGGCAAGACGAGAUUCUCCAAAAAUGGACAGCCAAUUUACCAUUUUGUUGGCACCUCUACAUUUAGUGAAUACACUGUUGUCCAUGUUGGCUGCCUUAUCAAGAUCAACCCUGCAGCCCCACUAGACAAAGUUUGUGUUCUUAGUUGCGGAAUAUCCACAGGUCUCGGUGCCACUUUGAAUGUUGCAAAACCCAAGAAGGGUCAAUCUGUAGCUGUCUUUGGAUUGGGUGCUGUCGGCCUUGCUGCUGCUGAAGGCGCAAGAAUUGCUGGGGCUUCAAGAAUCAUUGGUGUUGACCUGAACUCCAGUCGUUUCGAGGAAGCCAAGAAAUUUGGUGUCACUGAAUUUGUGAAUCCAAAAGAUCAUGACAAGCCCAUUCAACAGGUGCUUGCUGAGAUGACUGACGGAGGGGUGGAUCGGGCUGUUGAAUGUACUGGAAGCAUCCAGGCCAUGAUCUCAGCUUUUGAAUGCGUUCAUGAUGGUUGGGGUGUUGCAGUGCUUGUUGGAGUCCCAAAUAGAGACGACUUAUUCAAGACUCAUCCUAUAAACGUGCUGAAUGAGAGGACUCUUAAGGGCACCUUCUUUGGCAACUACAAGCCCCGCACCGAUAUUCCGGAUGUCGUUGAAAAAUACAUGAACAAGGAGCUAGAACUUGAUAAAUUUAUCACUCAUUCCGUCACUUUUCCGGAGAUCAACAAAGCGUUUGAGUACCUGCUGCAUGCGAAGUCUAUCCGGUGCAUUAUUCGCAUGGAUGCUUAAAACUCUUAACAGUUUUUCUGUGCAUUGUUGUAAUUAGAAUAAGAUCUUAAGUAAUGUUCAUGUGAUUAUGCAGAGAGAACAGUCAGUUUUUCGUUACUUUUAUGUGGUAUUGACGAAUGUUACUUGGGAAUAAAAUUUACGUAUGUUUUCCUUUGCCUGUUAA